AUGAUGAUUAUAUUAGAUGAUGUAGCUUGCCUCUUACACAUUCCCAUCAUAGGAAGGUUGCUUGAUCAUUCUAAGAUUACCAAGGCUGAUGUAGUGGAGAUGAUGGUGGUUUAUUUGAGAGCUGGCCUUGAGGAAGCCUUUCAGUAUUGCAAGAACACAAGGGGUGCACAUGCCAAGUUUUCUUGGUUGGCAAAGUUGUAUAACAACUUAGAGAUAGUCGAAAACCCGGAUGUCAGUGAUCUUUGGGUUGGCUACCACAAGGAGUGUGCACUGGUGUGCUUCUUCCUAUUCUUGGUUGGCAUGUCUAUGUUUGUGGGCAAAAUUGCAAUCUACGUGGAUGUGACUUACCAUAAGUAUUUCAUCGACUUGGAGUUCAUUCACAAUUGGAACUAUGAAGCCGCAUGCUUGGUAUACUUGUACUCCAAGCUGAACGAAGGUUCCUGUUGGAUGACACAACAAAUGACAGGGAUGAAUCAUUGCCCACUAUCAUUGCAUUCACAGGUUUAG